CCGUGAUGAAUCUAGAACUGUUGUGACCGAUAUUUUCCUUCACUGUGUGUGUGUGUGUAGAGGAGGAUGGUGGGGUCUCUCAUUGUGUGUGUGUUCUGCUGUCAGUCAGACUGCGGGUUCUUGGUGAGCUGGCUCCGCGCGCACACGCACACACACACUUGGAGCUGUCGGGGGGAGGGAAGGGGAGGGGAUAUUUAACUUGGGAACGAGAGGAGAUCCACUUCAGACACACUCAUUCUCCAGUGACUCUUUGCUGUGUCAGUUCCAGCUCAGGACCAGUGGAGGUUUGUACGGGUUUGCACUCUGGGCAUUUCUGAUGGAUAUCUGACAGCAGGAAUAUGAAGAUACCGAAGCUGGCCGUAAAGUACUUGCUGCAGAUAUUUGUGGGAAUUUUUCACGUGAAGGUGUAGAAAACAUCAGAAGUCAUUAUUGUGUUACUCGGGACUGUCAAGUUUAUGACAAGCUCUAAAAGUUCGGACCAGCGGAGUGCGUGCGCUUUCAGAAAGAAACAAAGCUCUUUUAUUUUGGAACUGAUAGAGAAAAUGUUCUAGGAGUGGAACAAAUCCAUUUUCUGUUGUGAUUGCGAAUUAAGUGCUGAAGAUCUGUGUGAGCGCGCUCUCUGGAGAGACUGAGCGCCUCUUGUCCCGGUUCAACAGCGCCGGUUCGGCGGGACGGACUGGAGCCUGUGCGCUCAGAGAGAGAGAGAGAGAGAGAGAAAGUGAGCGAGCGAGAGAGAGACGUUCAUAAAAGCUGUGCGUAAAAAUAACAUUGGCUGAGACGCGCUCCAUUCCGCGGGCGCGCUGACAUUUCAAACGACAGUUUGGGUGCCACCCGGCAACAAAACCCGAGUAGCGUGUAGAGAUUGCGCCAUCCCAUCCGAUAGCAGAGGCGUUGCCAUGGUGACGCGCCGACAGAACUGGUGAAAUUAGUUGUAAAGGAAACCCAAGGCAGAUGAGGAUAAAGCUCUGCUGUGUCGGAUUUGGUGUUUUGAGCGGCAGUUGGCACGGCUCACCUGAGCGUUGCAUCAUCUGACGGUUCAAGAAGUUUCCAGUAGUAUCCCUAAAAAAACUCCCGUCCCAUGUCAUUCCGGUCCACGCGUUCGUCUAUUAAAAGUAUCUCGCUCGUGCUGUCGCUUGGACUAUUUAUGCACGGGUGUUUGCGGACGCAGUGACGGCCAACUCUACUCCAUAGACAGACAGAACACGAGUCAUGGGCAUCUCCCACGCGCUGCUGCUCCUCCUGUGCACGCUCCUGAGCGCGCACGGCACCGCGGCCCAGCCCUACCUGCGCCUGAGACCCUCCCCAAGCGAGCACCUACCAGUACCGGGCCUCAAAGAGGACCCCGACCCGGAGUAUGACCCGCGCGAGCAAGACCUCUCGGAAACGACGCUGCGCAAAAAGCUGGGCAGCCACUUUGACCCCAGCUUCAUGUCCAUCCACCUGCCCACCCAGCUGAACGCGAGCGCGCCGCCGGACGUACCGGGGCCCCGCUCACCGAUGCCCGUCGAGCUCAAGAAGCUCGACCUGACGGAGACGCCAUACGGGAGGCGCGUCAAGGUGGGCAAGAAGGCGCGCCGGAAGUUCCUGCAGUGGUUAUGGACACACACGCACUGUCCGGUGCUGUACACCUGGAAGGACCUGGGCGCGCGCUUCUGGCCGCGCUACAUCAAGGAGGGAAACUGCUUCAGCGAGCGCUCGUGCUCCUUUCCCGAGGGCAUGUUCUGCAAACCGGUCAAGUCCGUGACAAAGACAUUUCUCCGGUGGUACUGUCAGGGCUUCCUACGGCAAAAGUACUGCACGUGGAUACCGGUGCAGUAUCCCAUCAUCUCCGAGUGCAAGUGCUCGUGCUGAUUGGUGCGUGCGCGCGCGCGUGUGUGUGAUUGUGUGUGUGUGUGUGUGUGUGUGUGUGUGUGCGAGUGUCCAUGGACUGGACGCACGCGGACUGAGAGAAUAUAUGAAUUAUGAAUUAUUGCACUGUUUACCCACGGACAGGGAUGUGGCGCAACAUAGCAAAUCUAUUUUUUUAUAUAUAGCUUUUUAAUUCGAAUAUCAAACAUAUGUA